GCGACCCCGUUCUCUACUUCCGGUGUGCCGAUGACGUAGUGACUGCUUCUCUUCCAGCUGCGACACCGGGAGGGCUCCGAGUCUUCUGCCGCAUACUUGUUCCCCUGCUUUUCUCUGUUUCGGUCAAUAACACCGCCAUGAACAAGAAGAAGAAGCCGUUCCUGGGCAUGCCUGCGCCGCUGGGCUACGUACCCGGGCUGGGCCGGGGUGCCACUGGCUUCACUACCCGAUCAGACAUUGGGCCUGCUCGGGAUGCAAACGAUCCUGUGGACGAUCGCCAUGCCCCACCAGGGAAGAGAACUGUGGGGGACCAGAUGAAGAAAAAUCAGGCCGCUGAUGAUGAUGAUGAAGAUCUGAAUGAUACCAACUACGAUGAGUUUAAUGGCUACGCUGGGAGCCUCUUCUCAAGUGGGCCCUAUGAAAAAGACGAUGAGGAAGCAGAUGCUAUUUAUGCAGCUCUGGAUAAAAGGAUGGAUGAAAGAAGAAAAGAGAGAAGAGAGCAAAGGGAGAAAGAAGAGAUUGAGAAAUACCGAAUGGAACGUCCCAAAAUCCAGCAGCAAUUUUCAGACCUUAAGAGGAAGUUGGCAGAAGUCACAGAAGAAGAAUGGCUGAGCAUCCCAGAAGUUGGCGAUGCCAGAAACAAACGUCAACGGAACCCACGUUAUGAGAAGCUGACCCCUGUUCCUGAUAGUUUCUUUGCCAAACAUUUACAGACUGGAGAGAACCAUACUUCUGUGGAUCCCCGACAAACUCAAUUUGGAGGUCUGAACACACCCUACCCAGGAGGCCUGAACACUCCAUACCCAGGUGGAAUGACACCAGGAUUGAUGACACCUGGUACAGGGGAGCUGGACAUGAGGAAGAUUGGCCAAGCAAGGAAUACCCUGAUGGACAUGAGGCUUAGCCAGGUAUCUGACUCAGUGAGUGGGCAGACUGUUGUGGACCCCAAAGGCUAUCUGACAGAUCUAAAUUCUAUGAUCCCAACCCAUGGCGGGGACAUAAAUGACAUCAAGAAAGCACGACUACUUCUCAAAUCUGUUCGAGAAACAAACCCUCAUCAUCCACCAGCUUGGAUUGCGUCAGCUCGCCUGGAGGAAGUCACUGGAAAGUUACAAGUGGCUCGAAACCUUAUUAUGAAAGGGACAGAGAUGUGCCCCAAGAGUGAAGAUGUCUGGCUAGAAGCAGCUAGGUUACAGCCUGGGGACACAGCCAAGGCUGUGGUGGCACAAGCUGUCCGUCAUCUCCCGCAGUCUGUUAGGAUUUACAUUAGAGCAGCAGAACUAGAAACAGACAUUCGAGCAAAGAAGCGUGUUCUUCGGAAAGCCCUUGAGCAUGUUCCAAACUCUGUUCGAUUGUGGAAAGCAGCUGUUGAGCUUGAAGAGCCUGAAGAUGCUAGAAUCAUGCUGAGCCGAGCGGUAGAGUGCUGUCCCACCAGUGUAGAGCUCUGGCUUGCUUUGGCAAGACUAGAAACUUAUGAAAAUGCUCGAAAGGUCUUAAAUAAAGCACGUGAGAACAUUCCUACAGAUCGGCACAUUUGGAUCACAGCUGCCAAGCUUGAGGAGGCCAAUGGGAACACUCAGAUGGUGGAGAAGAUCAUUGACCGAGCCAUCACCUCUCUUCGGGCCAACGGUGUAGAGAUCAAUCGUGAACAGUGGAUCCAGGAUGCUGAGGAGUGUGACAGAGCAGGGAGUGUGGCCACGUGCCAGGCUGUCAUGCGUGCUGUAAUCGGUAUCGGGAUUGAAGAGGAAGAUCGCAAACACACCUGGAUGGAAGACGCUGACAGUUGUGUGGCCCACAAUGCCCUGGAAUGUGCACGAGCCAUAUAUGCCUAUGCCCUGCAAGUCUUCCCCAGCAAGAAAAGUGUGUGGUUACGAGCUGCAUACUUUGAGAAAAACCAUGGUACCAGGGAGUCUCUGGAAGCACUCUUGCAGAGGGCUGUGGCCCACUGCCCCAAGGCAGAGGUGCUGUGGCUCAUGGGUGCCAAGUCAAAGUGGCUGGCGGGGGAUGUACCUGCAGCAAGGAGCAUCCUGGCCCUAGCCUUUCAGGCCAACCCCAACAGCGAAGAGAUCUGGCUGGCGGCUGUGAAGCUGGAGUCAGAGAACAAUGAAUACGAGCGAGCCCGGAGGCUACUGGCCAAGGCUCGGAGCAGCGCACCCACUGCCCGUGUGUUCAUGAAGUCUGUGAAGCUGGAGUGGGUGCUGGGGAACAUCACCGCUGCUCAGGAACUGUGUGAGGAGGCUCUGAAGCACUAUGAGGAUUUCCCUAAACUGUGGAUGAUGAAGGGGCAGAUUGAGGAGCAGGGAGAACUGAUGGAGAACGCCCGGGAGGCCUAUAACCAGGGGCUGAAGAAAUGUCCUCAUUCUACACCACUGUGGCUCUUGCUUUCCCGGCUAGAGGAAAAGAUUGGGCAGCUGACUCGUGCUCGGGCCAUUUUAGAGAAAUCUCGUCUGAAAAACCCAAAGAAUCCUGGGCUAUGGUUGGAGUCAGUACGGCUGGAGUACCGGGCAGGGCUGAAGAACAUUGCCAAUACCCUCAUGGCCAAGGCGCUGCAGGAGUGCCCUAACUCUGGUAUCCUGUGGUCUGAAGCUGUCUUCCUUGAGGCAAGGCCCCAGAGAAAGACCAAGAGUGUGGAUGCCCUGAAGAAGUGUGAACAUGACCCCCAUGUGCUUUUGGCUGUGGCUAAGCUGUUCUGGAGUGAAAGAAAGAUCACCAAGGCUCGGGAGUGGUUCCAUCGCACCGUGAAGAUUGACUCAGAUCUGGGAGACGCCUGGGCCUUCUUCUACAAAUUUGAACUACAGCAUGGCACUGAGGAGCAACAGGAGGAAGUAAGGAAACGCUGUGAGAAUGCAGAGCCCCGACAUGGAGAGCUGUGGUGUGCUGUGUCCAAGGAUAUCACCAACUGGCAGAGAAAGAUUGGGGAAAUCCUAGUGCUGGUGGCCGCCCGCAUCAAAAAUACCUUCUGAUUGCAGGGGUGGAGGACAUGGGACUUUUGGUGCCACACAUGGACAAUGAGCACAAAACCUACACUGUCUAUCUUUUAUUCAUUAAAGAUUUUUACAGAGUUA